AUGAGCAUUGAGAUCUUUGAGGGUAAUGAACAUACAAGCAACAAAAACAUGCAAAAUUGGCAAUUGAAGUCAGAAAUAGAACAAGCACUAAAGAGCUGGUAUAAUCAAGAAUUGAUGGGGCUGUCAAAAUGUCAAAGAUUUUGGAAUGAUUUCAGCGUUGCGAGUGCCACCGCGGCGACGGACACGGACGCCGGCGAGGACAACUUUUACGUGCCGGCGUCGCCGCCACUGUGCCCCACGAGCAGCUCGCACUUCUCCUGCGACGCGGGCCGCUGCCUGCGCUACGAGGACGCCCAGGGCCCGGGCGGCGAGUGCAGCAGGCACUGCGUGAAGCCGGCGCCCACCUGCCUGCACCGCAAGUUCGUGUGCGACGGCGUGCAGGACUGCGAGGACGGCGCCGACGAGGCCGACUGCGUGCAGUGCAGCCUAGACGCCUUCCCCUGCGACGGCCUGUGCCACCGGAGGGAGCUCAUCUGCGACAAGGCCUACAGCCACUGCCGCCCCGCCGGCACGGUCUGCUCGGCGGCGCCGUCGCCCUGCCCGGAGCGCAGCCAGGGCAUCGCCAACGUGACCUGCGACGGCGUGCCCGACUGCGCGGGCGGAAGGGACGAGCGCUCCUGCACCGCGCCGCACCACUGCCGGGCCGGCGCCUUCUUCUGCGACGGCCGCUGCAUCCGGGCGUCGCGGCGCUGCGACGGCGUGCGGCACUGCGAGGACGGCGCGGACGAGGCCGACUGCCCCGCCAUCCUGCACGCCAUCGCCGUCGUCUUCAAGCGCCGCGGGAAGGUGGUGUCGAAGCGCGAGUGCUUCGAGUGCGGCAACGGGCGGUGCGUGCCGACGACCGUCAAGUGCGACGGCGUGGACGACUGCGGCAACGGCCGCGACGAGAAGCGCUGCUUCACGCCCGUGUGCGCCGCCGGCGGGGGCAGGAACUGCGUGGCCACCAAGUGCACCGAGCAGGGCAUCCCCUGCAGCUCCGGCUACAAGUGCGGCCGCCUUAAGUGGGCGUGCGACGGCCACCCCCACUGCGACGCCGGCAGCGACGAGCCCUCCGACUGCCGGGGGCCGCCCCGCGUGUACUUCUGCCGGCACGCGCCGGCCGAGGCCGCCGCCAUGCCCGCCGCGACUUGGUGCGACGGCAAGGCUGACUGCCCCGGCGGCGAGGACGAGGAGGACUGUCCGACCGAGCCGCCCCUGGCCAAGGUGUACUGCGCGGACAACCGGACCAGCCACGCCGCCUUCGAGGGGGGCCGGGCCGUGCAGUGCGCGCCGCCGCCGCGCCUGAUCCACUGCCACGACGGCACGCCCCGGAUGGAGACGACGCGCUGCGACGGCGUGGCGGACUGCCCCAGCGGCGAGGACGAGGACGGCUGCGGCCAGUGCUACGACGGCGCGGUGCUGUGCGACGCCCGCUGCGUCAUGGCGUCGCGGCGCUGCGACGGCGUCUUCGACUGCAGCGACGGCGCCGACGAGCGCGGCUGCCACGACGACCUGGUGCUGGGCUCGGCCUUCUUCCACCCCCGCGUGUGCGGCCCUGGCUACUUCGACUGCGGCACCCGGUGCGUGGCCGAGAAGCACGUGUGCGACGGCGUGCGUGACUGCGAGAGCCUCGCGGACGAGACCAACUGCAACGCGUGCCGCGGGGACUCGGUGCCGUGCGGCGGUCGCUGCGUGCGUGCCGUGACGGCCUGCCCGUCCGAGACGCCGUGCGGCGCCAACGCCUCCGCCUCGGGGAUGUGCGACGGCGUGCAGGACUGCGCCGACGGCCACGACGAGGCCGUGUCCCCGUGCGCCAAGAGCUGCGCCGGGCUGCUCUGCGACGGCGUGUGCCGUCCUCUGUCCAGCGUGUGUGACGGCGUCCGCGACUGUGGCGACGGCCGCGACGAGGCGGACUGUCCGGAAGGCGUGACCAAUUCGACGACCAGGGAGACCUGGCGACGCGUCAACCACCGCGUCGAGUUCACCUGGAUCUACAGCAGCGUGUUCACCGUGCGCGGCGUCACCACCAAUGUCACCACCGUCAUCAACGAGACGGUGGCCGUCACCACCACCAACAUCAGCCCGCCGCCCCCGGGCCCCGCGCCGCUCCCCUGCCCCACCACCACCACCCCCGAGCCCACCACCACCCCCGAGCUGGCCCCCACCCCCGCGCCGCCCCUGCGGGGGCAGCGCCCCGGCCGCAAGAGGGGCGCGCAGGGCCGGCGGCGGCAGCAGCAGCGGGCGCGGAACGCCGCGCGGAGGCAGCGCAAGCAGGGCGGCGAGGAGGAGCAGCAGCAGCGGCAGCAGCAGCGGCGGCGAAGACAGAGGCAGCGGAAGCAGGACGCCGCGAGGGCUGCAGGGGUGGCGGACAGGGACGUCUGAGCGAGCGGGCUGCAGCCACCGACCACUACUCUUAUCUCACCCCCUGGGGAAGACCAAGCCUUUCAAGAGCCCCUCUUGAAGCCCACUGCCAAGUAAAUUAGACUGAAUCUUUCCACUACAUGAACACAUAAUGUGCACAAAGCUGUUUUAGAAAAAAAAAGG